AACAAUACGGUUGGCGGGCAAAUUUGUUUCUUACGGCCACUUGAGAAAAAACCCAUUGCAAACUCACGCUCUUCGGUUGGGCCCAUAAUCACCAUUCAGUUUCGCAUUUCGGAGAGUAUCUAUUUUUCGUUUAAUCUCAGCGUUGCCGUGCCCUGUUUCCCGUAGAGAUUCAAUCGUUUUCGAAGGGUUUCUCUAUCCGUUUCAUCGAGUUCGUGCAGUUUUUGAUGGAGGAUGCUGUAGCUCGAUUUCAAAGAACCGAAGAAUCCACCUCAGUUUCUUCGGAUCAUCCCGAGAAACACGAUGAAGAGGAAAAAGGUAUAGAAACAUCCUUAUUGCCAAAGUUUAAACGGGCAAACUUAUCCUCUCUGCAAAUUCCAGCAAGGGCUCUGGAGAGUUCUUCAUAUCUUUUGAGUUCAGAUAGUCCAUUAACCUCAAGUUCUAGCUCUAGGGGAGGAUUGCCUCCUAGACCAAAUUCAGUAAAAACCAAAUCUUCGGUGAGAAGCUUUGGAGCAAAACGAUCUUUCCCAGGUGGAGACAUCAUCACUCCCAUUUUACCAGAGAUCCAACCAACUAAUAGAUGUCCAGACAACCGAACUCCCCCAAGAUCUUUUUCUCUUAGCAAACUUCUUCUGGCCUCAUCUACAAAAGCUGCGCAUUCUUUACCAACCACACCAAUUUCAAAUUCAGAUAUUGAUAUAUUGAAAGCAAAUAAUAUAGAGUGCCAUCCGGAUUUCUCUAAAAUUAAAGCCAAGCCACAAAUUGCUCGUUCAUUAUCAGCUCCUCUGAAUGUUAAGCCUAUAGCUUUAAGGCGAUUAGAUUCAGUAGGUUUAAUUCGGAUAGUGUCUGCAGAUCCACGGUAUGCAGGUGCUUCUCUUUCUCAAAGAAAGGAAAUUGAAAGUGAACCUGCCGGUGAUGAUAUUCCUGAGGAUGAGGCGGUUUGUAGGAUCUGUUUUUUAGAGUUGGUAGAAGGCGGGGAUACUCUUAAAAUGGAGUGCAGUUGCAAAGGAGACCUAGCUCUCGCUCACAAAGAGUGUGCAAUUAAGUGGUUCAGCAUUAAAGGUAACAAGAUCUGUGAUAUUUGCAAGCAGGAUGUUGAAAACUUGCCAGUGACUUUAUUAAAAUUACAUAGCAUACGCCCUGGUAUUAGACGACCCACAAUAACAUUGCAGCGGACGGAAGUCAAUCAUUAUAGGGUUUGGCAGCAUAUAUCGGUGCUUGUGUUGGUUAGCAUGCUUGCAUAUUUCUGCUUUUUGGAGCAACUUUUGGUACGUGACAUGGGCCCUCGUGCACUUGCCAUUUCCUUGCCAUUUUCUUGUGCUUUGGGUCUCCUCUCAUCCAUGACUGCUUCCACAAUGGCGAGCAGAGCAUACAUUUGGGCUCAUGCUUGUUUCCAGUUUGCUAUAAUCAUCCUGUUUGCUCACGUAUAUUAUGCAAUACUUAAUGUGAAUGCCGUUCUCUCUGUUUUCCUUUCUGCACUCACCGGAUUGGGGCUUGUUAUCAGCAUAAACUCACUUCUGAUGGAGUAUCUUAAGUGGAGAAGAAGAAGGCAAUUGAGACCUGCCAAUCAACAGACGGGAACAAGGAGUUGGCCGCAAUUACAACAGCAGCUAUAUGACAGUAAUUACCAUCAACAGCAUGAGCAGCGGUUGGAGCAAGAACGCCAUCAACCACAUUCUCAGCAGCAAGCUAUUGAAAAUCAAAAUAUGGAGUCAUUAGAGAGUGCCGAUCAGGAAGGAACAACUAUUCUGAGACAACAGCUCACUGAGGUGCCAAAGCCGCAGCUCAACCUAUGAUCCAUUUUUGUUCUAUCCCACUAGACCAAUUGAUUCGACAAUUUGUGGGAUGGAGCUCAUAAUUACUGUCCAAAAGCCUGAGCGAUCAGAUGGAAGAUAGCAGCGAAAUCUAAAUGCUUUCAUUAGAAAGCUAGAGUCAAAGUUUUGGAAGUUCAAACAAUUAUUUUGGUGAGUUGUUCCCUCUUGACAUAACAAAGUUGUGUCAUUAGCAAUAAUGAUGGCAUAGCUCAUCUGACAUAAAUUUAUAUUAUAAACUUCCAUACGAAAAGUUUGAUUAGGUAAGAAUUUUGGUUGUGUAUUAUGUAUAUCAUAUGUCUGUGCUAGCAUUGGGUGGUGGCAUAUAAGUUUUGUUAAGAAGGUUUUCUAUGAAUUAUCACAAAAUUUUGUGCGUUUUUAUUGAAACUAUAUGUAAUUUGUGUAUAUUUAUGUAAAUAAAUAUUUACAUUUUAUUUUUA